GCGCAGCCAACCAGCGGCCGAGGGGCAGGGGCGGGCCGCGUACCCCUCAGUCAGGCGCGGCGCGGCGGCGGCGCAGAUCAGCUCUCGGAGCUCUGGCUGCAGCCUGCUGGGGUCUGCGCCGAUCGCGGGGAGCCGCUGAACAGCGGCCGAGGGCGCUUCGUGUGUUGCCAGGAUUGCGACCCCUGCUGGAAAGAGUGACCUCAAGGCCAGCAAGAUGGCGGGAGCAUCUGUGAAGGUGGCGGUGCGAGUGCGUCCAUUCAACUCCCGUGAGAUGGGCCGGGAUUCCAAAUGCAUCAUCCAGAUGACGGGAAACACCACCACCAUCGUUAACCCAAAGCAGCCCAAAGAGAUGCCCAAAAGCUUCAGCUUUGACUAUUCCUAUUGGUCUCACACCACGCCCGAAGACAUCAAUUAUGCAUCUCAGAAGCAGGUGUACCAGGACAUCGGGGAGGAAAUGUUGCAGCAUGCCUUUGAGGGCUAUAAUGUCUGUAUCUUUGCCUAUGGGCAGACAGGUGCUGGCAAAUCCUACACCAUGAUGGGGAGGCAGGAGAAGGAUCAGCAAGGCAUCAUCCCGCAGCUGUGCGAGGAUCUCUUCUCCCGAAUCAACGACACCACGAAUGACAACAUGUCCUAUUCUGUGGAGGUGAGCUACAUGGAGAUAUAUUGUGAGCGUGUGCGGGACCUGCUGAACCCCAAGAAUAAGGGGAACCUGAGGGUAAGGGAGCACCCCCUCCUGGGUCCCUAUGUUGAGGACCUCUCCAAGCUGGCCGUCACUUCCUACAAUGACAUCCAGGACCUGAUGGACUCUGGGAAUAAAGCCAGGACGGUUGCUGCCACAAACAUGAAUGAAACCAGCAGCCGAUCACAUGCUGUCUUCAACAUCAUCUUCACCCAGAAACGGCAUGAUGCAGAAACUGACGUCACCACCGAGAAGGUCAGCAAAAUCAGCCUGGUUGACCUGGCUGGGAGUGAACGGGCCGACUCUACAGGGGCCAAGGGCACGAGGCUAAAGGAGGGAGCAAACAUCAACAAGUCUCUGACCACGCUGGGGAAGGUCAUCUCUGCGCUGGCUGAAGUGGAUUCGGGGCCCAAUAAGAACAAAAAGAAGAAAAAGACAGACUUCAUCCCAUACCGGGACUCCGUGCUGACCUGGCUCCUCCGGGAAAACCUGGGUGGUAACUCCAGGACUGCUAUGGUUGCUGCUCUCAGCCCUGCUGAUAUAAACUACGAUGAGACCCUCAGUACUUUAAGGUAUGCUGACCGUGCCAAACAGAUCAGAUGCAACGCUGUCAUUAAUGAGGAUCCUAACAAUAAGCUGAUCAGGGAGCUGAAGGAUGAAGUGGCUCGUCUGAGAGAUCUGCUCUACGCCCAGGGUCUCGGAGACAUCAUUGACACUAACACUGCUCCAGGAGGACCUAAAUACAUGACCGACUUUGAGAACAAUAAUGGUAACCGUAGCCUGGCAGAACUGAGUCAACGCCCUGACAAUCUCUCCACAGUGACCAAUGCCUUAGUGGGGAUGAGCCCGUCCUCCUCGCUUUCAGCCUUGUCCAGCCGAGCUGCCUCCGUCUCUAGCCUCCAUGAACGCAUCAUGUUCGCUCCGGGCAGUGAAGAGGCCAUUGAGAGGCUGAAGGAAACAGAGAAGAUCAUUGCUGAGCUGAACGAGACCUGGGAAGAAAAGUUGCGGAGGACAGAAGCAAUCCGCAUGGAGAGGGAAGCUUUGCUGGCAGAAAUGGGCGUGGCCAUGAGAGAAGAUGGAGGCACGCUGGGUGUUUUCUCUCCUAAAAAGACGCCUCACCUGGUCAAUCUGAAUGAGGAUCCGCUGAUGUCUGAAUGCCUUCUGUACUACAUUAAGGAUGGGAUAACCAGGGUCGGCCGAGAGGACACUGAGAGGAGGCAGGACAUCGUGCUGAGUGGACACUUCAUUAAGGAAGAGCACUGCAUUUUCCGCAGCCACACCAAGGCCGGUGGCGAAGUAGUGGUGACACUAGAACCUUGCGAAGGGGCCAACACCUACGUCAAUGGCAAAAAAGUGAUGGAACCCACUGUCCUGCGAUCUGGAAACCGCAUCAUCAUGGGGAAGAGUCAUGUGUUCCGAUUCAACCACCCUGAGCAGGCUCGCCAGGAGCGGGAGCGGACCCCAUGUGCAGAGACCCCCGCAGAGCCAGUGGAUUGGGCCUUCGCACAGCGAGAGCUGCUGGAGAAACAAGGCAUUGACAUGAAGCAGGAGAUGGAGCAGAGGCUUCAGGAACUGGAGGACCAAUACCGCAAAGAGAGAGAAGAGGCCAACUAUCUUCUUGAGCAGCAGAGGCUGGACUAUGAGAGUAAACUAGAGGCUUUACAGAAGCAGAUGGACUCCAGGUAUUAUCCUGAGGCCAAUGAGGAAGAGGAAGAGCCUGAAGAUGAAGCGCAGUGGACUGAGCGGGAGUUUGAGCUGGCCCUCUGGUCCUUCAGGAAGUGGAAGUGGUACCAAUUCACGUCGCUCCGGGACCUGUUGUGGGGCAAUGCAAUUUUCUUAAAGGAGGCCAAUGCCAUUAGCGUGGAGCUGAAGAAGAAAGUCCAGUUCCAGUUCAUCCUCCUCACAGACACUCUUUAUUCACCUCUGCCUCCUGACCUGCUGCCCCCCAGUGCUGCCAAAGACCGAGAGAAACGGCCCUUCCCACGAACCAUUGUGGCUGUGGAAGUGCAGGACCAGAAGAAUGGAGCAACACAUUACUGGACUAUGGAGAAACUCAGACAGCGGCUGGAUCUGAUGCGUGAAAUGUAUGACAGGGCAGCAGAAGUGCCUUCUAGCAUCCUUGAGGACUGUGACAACGUUGUGACGGGCGGAGAUCCCUUCUAUGACCGUUUCCCCUGGUUCAGACUGGUUGGCAGUUCAGAUAUCUCUGGCUGCAACAGCUCUCCUCUUUUCAACACAUGCAUGAGCGAGCGCAUGGCUGAUCUCACCCCCUCCCCCACCUUCUCGAACCCCGACUCCGACAUCACCGAGCCUGCUGACGAGCAGCACGUGGGGAAGGAGGAGGAGGAGGAGGAGGAGGACCUGGAGGAAGACAUCUUUCCGGAGUACCCGCUGUAUGAUGGCCGGGAUCCAUUUUACGACCGCUCCCCCCUGUUCAGUUUAGUAGGAAGGGCAUUUGUGUAUCUCAGCAACCUGCUGUACCCGGUGCCGCUGGUGCACCGCGUCGCCAUUGUCAGUGAGAAGGGCGAGGUGAAGGGCUUCCUGCGCGUGGCAGUCCAGGCCAUCUCAGCGGAUGAAGAAGCCCCGGAUUAUGGUUCUGGAGUACGGCAGUCAGGGACAGCCAAAAUAUCCUUUGAUGAUCAGCACUUUGAGAAGGUACAGUAUGGCAGCCAGCCCCAGUUCCAGUCUGAGGCCUGUCCCAUGGCGGGGAUGUCUCGUUCGGGGACCUCGCAGGAGGAACUGCGGAUUGUUGAAGGCCAGGGACAGAUAACUGACAUCGGACCUUCUGCAGAUGAAGUCAACAACAACACCUGUGCAGUGACUCCAGAUGAUCUUCUUCUGGACAAUCCAGAGAAAGUUGCUCUAGAUGAGCCAUUGGAAGCAGUUCUGGACCAUCUGACGCUGGGCAGCAUCUUCACCUUCCGAGUGACUGUUCUGCAGGCCUCCAGCAUCUCUGCAGAAUAUGCAGAUAUCUUCUGCCAGUUUAACUUUAUCCAUCGUCACGAUGAGGCCUUUUCAACGGAGCCCUUGAAGAACACAGGACGAGGGCCGCCUCUCGGGUUCUAUCAUGUCCAGAACAUUGCAGUGGAGGUGACCAAGUCAUUCAUUGAGUACAUCAAAAGCCAACCAAUUGUGUUUGAGGUAUUUGGGCAUUAUCAGCAACAUCCCUUUCCUCCUCUCUGCAAGGACGUGCUCAGCCCACUGAGACCAUCCCGACGCCACUUCCCCCGGGUCAUGCCGUUGUCCAAGCCAGUGCCAGCGACGAAGCUGAGCACCCUGGCGCGACCCAGCGCAGGGCCCUGCCAGUGCAAAUACGAUCUGAUGGUCUUCUUUGAGAUCUGCGAGCUGGAGGCCAAUGGCGAUUACAUUCCUGCUGUUGUUGAUCACCGUGGAGGGAUGCCGUGCCAUGGAACCUUCCUGCUCCACCAGGGAAUCCAGAGGAGGAUCACCGUGACGUUAGUGCAUGAAAACAGCAGCCUUGUUCGUUGGAAAGAAGUGCGAGAGCUGGUUGUGGGUCGGAUCCGAAACACCCCAGAAGGGGAUGAGUCUCUCAUCGACCCCAACAUCUUGUCUCUGAACAUCCUGUCGUCUGGAUACGUCCACCCCUCCCAGGAUGAUCGGCAGUUUCUUGAUUCGGAUAUGCCUAGGACGUUUUACCAGUUUGAAGCAGCGUGGGACAGCUCCAUGCAUAACUCCCUGCUGUUGAACCGAGUCACCCCUUACAGAGAGAAAAUCUUCAUUACCCUCUCCGCUUACAUUGAGAUGGAGAACUGCACCCAGCCAGCUGUGAUCACCAAAGAUUUCUGCAUGGUCUUCUACUCCAGAGAUGCCAAACUUCCAGCGUCUCGCUCCAUCCGCAAUCUCUUUGGCAGCGGGAGCCUGCGGGCCUCAGAGAGUAACCGUGUGACUGGGGUGUAUGAGCUCAGCCUUUGCCGUGUGGCUGAUGCCGGCAGUCCAGGUAUGCAGAGACGACGCAGGCGUGUGCUGGACACCUCUGUUGCAUACGUGAGGGGCGAGGAGAACCUGGCUGGGUGGAGACCUCGAAGUGACAGCCUCAUUCUGGAUCAUCAGUGGGAACUGGAGAAACUCAGCCUCCUACAAGAGGUUGAGAAGACGAGGCAUUACCUCCUCCUGCGUGAGAAGCUGGAGACGACCCAAAGAUCAGGCCUGGAGUCCCUGUCCCCAUAUUCCAGUGAGGAUUCCGACUCCCAUAGCACUUCCCGUGUCUCCUCUCCACUCUCGGCAGAUGGUGCCUCAGAGGACAGGAACUCGCCCUUGGAGACCCCCAGCGAGAGGCAAAAAGAACUUGCCGUCAAGUGCUUGCGUCUCCUCACACAUACAUUUAACAGAGAGUACAGUCACAGCCAUGUCUGCAUCAGCGCCAGCGAGAGCAAGCUGUCAGAAAUGUCUGUGACCCUGCUGAGAGACCCCUCCAUGCCAGCUCUUGGUGUCACCACCCUGACUCCCUCUUCCACCUGCCCAUCACUGCUAGAAGGACAGUAUAAUGCCACUGAGGUCAGAACCUCCCAUCUUUCUUCCAGGGCAGAAAGCCCUGAGCCAGAACCUGUAGUGGAGGGAGAACAGAUGAAAUCUCCUACACGUGGGUCUGAAGAUGAGAAAGAGACGCAGCGCUUACUGGUCCCCGAUAUUCAGGAGAUCCGGGUGAGUCCCAUUGUCUCAAAGAAAGGCUACCUGCACUUCCUCGAGCCUCACACCAACGGCUGGGUGAAGCGCUAUGUGGUGGUGAGGCGCCCCUAUGUCUACAUCUACAACACAGACAAGGACUCUGUGGAGAGAGCCAUCCUCAACCUCUCCUCUGCUCAAGUGGAGUACAGUGAGGACCAGCAGGCCAUGCUCAAGACCCCCAACACAUUUGCAGUAUGCACGGAGCAUCGUGGAAUCCUUCUUCAGGCAAGCAGCGACAAGGACAUGCACGAUUGGCUGUACGCAUUUAACCCUCUGCUAGCUGGAUCCAUAAGAUCCAAGCUGUCCAGAAGGAGAACAGCCCAGAUGAGAAUCUAACCUAAAACCGCUCUCCACUUCAUCUGUCUGCCAGCAGGAUCAAGAUUGCUGGUUCUAUACAAGAGUCCCUAUCUUAAUGUCAAAUCUUUUAUGCCAUCCACCACCCCAGCUGCCUGCUCCAGAAAUGGAUCCAUCUCGAUUUACACCUUCACUGGGAAAAUGCAUUUCUGUUGUAUCUGCAAAAGCCUGGUACAGCCUGGUCAUGAUUUCUUGUGCACAUGUGAUCUUCUGCCCAUCUCCUCAUUGAGUGACCUUGGUGUCACAUGACCUGUAACUUUCAAAAGCAGGAGCUGUGUUUUUUAUUUUAAAGCAAGGCUACAAUUUAAGGAGGCAGGAGCAUUUGAAAGGUCAGAGAUUACAAGUCAUGAGGAAUUGCUUCCAUGUGAAGAAAAAGUGAUAGAUUAAAGUACUGAUACGUCUUAAUUUAUUGACAUAUAAAAAAAGAUUAAGUUAUGGUAGUUUGAGAUUAUAUUUAUAAAGUAUUUAUUUCUAUUUACUUCAGUGCAAUCUGUAUGUUGAGUUUAUCCCGUUUUGUUGCUCAUGUCUUCACACAUAAAACCUCUCCCAGGGAAGGCAGAGCCUUGGAAGUUGGGCCAGUGGGGAGGGGGUUGUCAGGCUGUUUUGUGAUGCCAUCUUUGUCUUCUUUCUCAAUCCCCAGCACUGGGAGGUCUGGAUGGAUUUAGGAGGUCAUGCUCCCACCUGUGUGCAAAUACGUACACACUGACUUCAGAACUCUCAUCCUCCUGCCCCCAUCACGUCUCCUUAGUCCUGACUCCAGAGCUCAAACCACUUUUCCUCCAGGUGGUGACUGGAUAGUGCACUAUGCCAUCCCAAACGAGGCAAUCCACACAUAGCACAGCAAAGACACGCACACGGACAAGUCACCACCCUUAUCAAAGCGCUUUGUGUGUGUAUCCCAUCCUCUCCAUUCCCGCAAGUGCUUGAAACCCAGGUAGACUGCAAAGAUGACAGGUUCUGGUUGGUUCUAUCCAGGAGAUUUGGUUUGGGAUUCUUACCUCUAUUCUUUUUGUUGUCACGGCCCAACCUCAAAUGGGGUGAAAGGGAUGGAAAGGGGAUCUGAAGUUCUGGAAGGGCAGAUGGUUCUGCCAAUCCACUUUUGGGGUGGGGUGCUGUUUGAAUGCUCCCAAUGAGUACAAUGCAGCCUGCCUCUCAAUAUCCUCAGUCACCUUCUAGUAAGGAUGCAGGCCAUCUAUACUGUACUGUACUAAUCUCUGGCCUGGGCUGUACUGUACUAAUCUGUAGCAGGGAAACCUCCAAGAGGAUUAAUCAGUGUUACAGGGAUUCACACUGUAGAUGGGACUCAAGAAUCCUCUCUGAUCAAACCCACCCAACUGGGAAGUGGGGAGAGGCCAGGAGGGAGUGCAUCUCGCCAGUGAGUAUAAUAUGGAGAGAGAUGACAGACCUGUCUUGUGCAUUACUGCAGACCUGCGUUCUGUUUAGCUAGCAAUAGCUUGUUCUGGGCUACCAGGAGGCUACUACAGCCAAAUGCUGGUUCAUUAGUGAAUCUUGGGGAGUUGCCCAUAUACUUACAUCUGUGCAGAUGGUCCAAGUUAAUAAAGGGUUGUUACUGGGGGAGGUCAAAGCUAGAUCAUAAAAUUACAAAAAGAAAAGGAGUACUUGUGGCACCUUAGAGACUAACUAAUUUAUUUGAGCAUAAACUUUUGUGAGCUACAGCUGACUUCAUCGGAUGCAUUCAGUGGAAAAUACAGUGGGGAGAUUUAUAUACGCACACAGACUCUGUAUGUGUACAUAAAUCUCCCCACUGUAUUUUCCACUGAAUGCAUCCGAUGAAGUGACCUGUAGCUCACGAAAGCUUAUGCUCAAAUAAAUUUGUUAGUCUCUAAGGUGCCACAAGUACUCUUUUUCUUUUUGCGAAUACAGACUAACACGGCUGCUACUCUGAAACCUGUCAUAAAAUUACACUGGAGCCUAAAUUCAGAACAGUUGUCUUGAACCAGAUGGCUGAGUCUCACUGUCCUUUUCUGAAAGGGCUUUUACUUUUCUUCUCUUUCAUAUGGGAAGAAUCUGUUUGCAGCAAUUGAAUGGGUAGCAAAGAGAAUGGCAUGGGGAUGGCCAAGGAUGAGAGAAAUUGCAACUUCUCUUUACUUUUAUAUGUGAUUACAUUGUCUUAUUCCCCUCCCCCAUUUAAAACAUUAACUUCAUCCUCUUUCCCCUUUCCCUACCUCUCUAUCAGGCUUAGACUGCCUACAUAGAACAGAUAAGUUGGUGGGGGAAGCAUACCAAAGCAGACAUAUGACAUCAUUAAUAACCCCUCUCCCCAUGGGAAGGACCUGGUCAGGUGGUGCUGACCUUGCUAUAAGCUUUUUAAAGUAACUUAAGCAGCAAAGGUCUUUAUAAAUUUUUAAUUACCCAAAUUGUUUUUAAGAUUUCCAGUUGGUCGUAUGCACCCAACUCCAGGCAGAAACAGGGGGAGCUCACCCUCCCUCCAUACAUAUACCAGGAUCAUCACUGGUCCAUGCUUCAUCGUCACACUUCACGGCUGACCUUAAUUUGCACAGGACGGCUGUGCCUUGGUUCUCUUAGGCACUUUUCCAUCCUUUCUGUUGUGUUUGUUGAGUAUUGUAUGUGUGGCUCCAAGUGGAGAUGGUCUAUGCAGUGUAUUUCUCCUUUCACUUUUUCUUAUUUUGGGGAGGCUAGGGCAUGGGGUAAGGGGACAUGUGGGGAGCCCAACAAAGCCUCCAUGCAACCUCAAUGGGCUGGUAGAGAUGUCACACACACACACACAAAAGCUCCCAGCAAAUUGCCCAUCACCAUGCUACAGUGUGAAGAAAGAUUUCAUGUCCCAGCCUCUGCCUCCUGUCUGCACAGAGACAGUGCAUUUUUAUUGAGCCACUGUUUAGCUCAGCUCUCAUGCUGCAUGACAAGUGCUUUUUUUCCCUCUGGACCCCGAUUUGCUUUUGACCAGCUCCAGGGCAUCACUCCCAUUCCCAGGGAAUUUCAUUCUAUCUCACAGACCUGGAUGGCAUUGCAGGUUCCUGCAGGGAACAAUGUCAGUGCAGGUGCCAGUGCUUGUUCCUUUCAGUGGGCUUUUCUUCUUUGUGUCAGUCCUACAUGGGCAGAUAGGUUAGACAGCAACUUGCUGACCCAGGUGAAGGUCUCUUGUUUUUACAGCUAUUCCUUAUGGACUUAGAAUUAUUUUUUUAAAUCCAGGACUGAAUUUUAAUAAUUAAAUUAAAUGCCUAAUGCCUGAGAUAAUUGCUUUAUACAUACAAACAAAUCUUAUGUGUUAUUAUAUACACAGAGAGAGAUGCUUUGCCCUCAAUGAGAAUCUGCAAGAGAGAAACUCCAAACUAUGGCCUCAGUUCAUAAAAGCAUGUUUAGCACAUACUUAUGUCCAUCCGUAUCCAGCAAAGCAAUUAAGCAUGUGCUUAAAUCACACUGAAUGGAAUUAAGCACAUAUCUAAUGUUUACACCGGGGUAGGCAACCUAUGGCACACGUGCCAAAGGUGGCACGCAAGCUGAUUUUCAGUGGCACUCACACUGCCCAGGUCCUGACCACUGGUCCAGGGGGCUCUGCAUUUUAAUUUAAUUUUAAAUGAAGAUUCUUAAACCUUUGAAAAACUUUAUUUACUUUACAACAAUAGUUUAGUUAUAUAUUAAAGACUUACAGAAAGAGACCUUCUAAAAAUGUUACCGGCACGCAAAACCUUAAAUCAGAGUGAAUAAAUGAAGACUCGCCACACCACUUCUGAAAGGUUGCCGACCCCUGGUUUAGCACAUGCCUCAGUUUUUUGCUGACUGCUGAAUCAAGACCUAGAACAGUUAGAGCACUCCUCCCCUUGUGUAUAUAUCCAUAUUAAUCAGUCUUAAGUUCUAGGGUUUUUUAAUUCUUAAUUCUUUGUUCUAUCUCCCAGCUUAUAAGGGAGCUUUCAUAGAAAGGACUAGGGCUCAUUUUAACUGCUAAACCUCAACCCAAAGAACUGAUUGUCAGCUGGUGAAAAUACAUUUCAGCAAUCUCUGCUCUGGCAGCAAAUAGAUCCUUCCACUGAGGCCCUGAUGAUGGCCAAUGGAAAGUCUCCCAUCAGCUUCAGUGCAUUUUGAAUCAGGCCCUUGGUAAAGACCACUUGGCUUGAGUACCUAUUUUAACAUACUUCAUAGUCAAAAACUUGUUGUUUUGAUGCAGUUUCUAAGAAAUGUCCUGAAUGGCUGGUACAGUCCUAUCAAGAGCUAGUGUAAACCAAAGUGUUCUGGAGCCAGUCUUAGGAAGCAUAUGAAAUUUUAAGCCCCUUCCUUUGGUAAAACAGGCUUAUUACAUUUCCAUUCUCAUCCCAACUGAACUCUGGAUUUUCAGUGUAAAUCAAGACAUUCUUGGACUUCUGGGGGUUUUUUUUAAUCUCUCAUUCAGUCUCAUUCUCAGAGAUUUCCCCAGGUUAGAGCUGUCUAGAGUGGAGGUAGCUAGGUUAUAAAAGUAUAUCACCAUGCUUCCUUAUAUACAUGCCUGUAUUUGUUUUGGACUAGACACAGAAUCACAGGAGACAAUGGGAGAAAAAUGAGGAAGAGAUGCAAAUGCCAGUGCUGAGUCCUCUGGGAAUCCCUGCCAGAUUAGAGAGGAAGGAUGGCUUGGGGGUGAUACUGUUAUGGGUCUUGCCUUAGGUCAGCAAUCCUGAAGAGCAUGGUCUUGAUGUAUUGGUUAUGGAGAAGACAUCUGGUUUCACUCAGUCAAUGCUGUGUGCCUGAGGCUGGCAAACCUGCAGAGCACACUAAUUUUCUGAGUUAGAGACAGGUCUGAUCCAAAGACAGUGGGAGUCUUUCCAUUGACACCAGUGGGUUUGAAUCAGGCCGCAAAUAUAAAGAUCUAGAGUUGAGGAGUAAUGACUGCUUAUGGGACUUAUACUGGCUCCCAAUAAACAGCAGCCAUCUGCUGUUCAUGUGGAUUCCCCAAAAGGGUUAUUUUCUUUAGUACCAUCUGAGGAAUGGCUGGAGAGUCCUAAUUCUAUAUCUUCUAUAUCUGGAGAGUCCUCUUCUAUAUCUGACACCCCACACCUUUCCUUAAUUUAGCAUCCCUGCUGUUGAGAGUCCCACCCAGAGAGACAUGCAUUCUCAAAAAUUCAAGUAGAUGAUUCAUGCAUCAGCCCUUAGAGUAGCUGAGAUUAAAUUCUAUUCAUUGUUCUUUCCAUUGGAUUUGAGGAUGAAAAGGGUCUUCAAGAUUUAAACAUUAAAGAUUGGGUAAAUCUUUUAGCUUCGGUCAAAGCUGAGGCAUAGAAACUUUGUUGUGAGGGUAAAAAUGGCACAAGAAAAGACCCAUAUAAUCCUUAUAAUGAAGAAAGAAUCCAAAAUGGGUGUAUUUGGAUAAGUCAUCCAGUAUGUUUCGACAUGUGUAGAUGAAUUUGAAAACUAAUUGAAUUCAAUGUGACACAGCUGAGUUGUAGACUGGUCACUCAGAAGUAACAGCAGUUGCACAGUAAUAGAAUCAUACUGUUUCCUUGGUGUAACAGAGGUCAGUGAGAUACAAUGAUGUCAUCAAAGUUAAUCAUGCCUUAUCAGGAAGUUAGGAUAAGAGGUAAUUUAAUUGAACAAGUUUGUCAUGGUGAAACAGCUUUGAAAUCAAUGGACUGUCUUUGCCAGGCCUUUUGUAAUCAUGCAAGGGGCAGUCAUUUGUCUACAUCAAGUUUCUCGUAUGAAGCACCCAUCCUGAAGAUCUUCAGCCAACAAUGAGGUACUCACUCAAA